CCCGCCACCUUGUUUGAACUUUUGCCUCUUCUUCUUCUUCUUCUUUUUUGCUAAAAUAGGUGUGAGGAUAUCUGUACGCUUCGUUUUUUCAGUUGAACUGCUCCCGGUCGUGUCCUGUACUCCUAUUCCGGCAUCGAUGAAAUGCAGAGCAGUUAGAAAAGCAAAGCAAAUUCCAGCAAACUAAGCAACCACUCCUGCAAACCCAACCACACUAAGCUACAUCCCUCUCAACUUCUUCACCAUCAAGCUCUUGAAUCAAUCAUUCCUCCAACUAUUCAUUACCUCUGCACCUGAUCUGCAUGCUGCCUGUGUGCAUAUAUGCUGCACUGCGCCAUGGUCUCUACUCAGCAAGCAAUCUUCAUCUUCAUCUCAAUCUUCCAAACAAGCAGGAAGUACCUGGCAGCUGAGCAGAGCAGCUAGCCGUCCCAGCCAGCAUGGCCAGCACCAACGAGGCCACCGUCAUCCACAUGGACGACACCACCGGCAAGGCACCGGUCACGGCCGCGCCACCGCCAGGAGCCGCACCCGCGCCGGUGCAGCAGCAGCAGCAGCGCAAGUCCGGCGGCGGCGUGCCGUUCAUCCUGCGCAGCGGCGCCGAGGGCUUCCGGCGCUGCAUGGCCUUCGUGGACCUGCUGCUCAGGGUGGCGGCCUUCGGGCCCACGCUCGCGGCCGCCAUCUCCACGGGCACCUCCGACGAGACGCUCUCCGUCUUCACCGAGUACUUCCAGUUCCGCGCCAGGUUCGACGACUUCCCGGCCUUCACCUUCUUCAUGGUCGCCAACGCCGUCGCCGCGGGGUACCUGGUGCUGUCCCUCCCCUUCUCCAUCGUGGGCAUCAUCCGGCCAAAGGCGACCGGCGUCAGGCUGCUGCUGCUCGUCUGCGACACGGUGAUGGUGGUGCUGCUGACGGCCGCUGCGUCUGCGGCGGCGGCCAUCGUGUACGUGGCGCACGAGGGGAGCCGGCGCGCCAACUGGGCGCCCAUCUGCAUGCAGUUCCACGGCUUCUGCCAGCGCACCAGCGGCGCCGUCGUCGCCUCCUUCCUCGCCGUCCUCGUCUUCAUCCUCCUCGUCCUCCUCUCCGCCUGCGCGAUCCGCAGACACCGCUAGGCUACGGCUACCUACGUGCCAUCACCGACCGAGGUCGCUCGAUGCUUUCGAAUCCUUUCUGGUCUUGGUUGUGCUUUCUCUACUUCACUUUGAUUUGAUCUUGCUCAUGAGUGAAUUGCACCAUCUCAUAUACUCCUGUGUUUCUCUGGUGUAAGGUGUUCGUCAAUCAAUUGUUCGUCGAUCACAGUGGAAUGUAACUAUGUAAGUGUAUUGAUAUUGAUCAAUUUGAACAUUUCCGAUUUC